AUGGUUUUCAAAGAAGGAGAUUUGGUAUGGAUUCAUCUUCGAAAAGAAUGUUUUCCAGCGAAACGGCGAUCUAAGCUCCUACCACAAGCAUAUGGUCCUUUCAAAGUGCUCCAACGCAUUGGAGAAAAUGCUUACAAGAUUGAGCCCCCUGGAGAGUAUGGUGUAUUUGCCACUUUCAAUGUAUGUGACUUAGCACCAUAUGAAGAAAUCGAAGAGACCACAGACUUGAGGGCAAGUCCUCAUCAACCGGGGGAGUAUGACACGGGUGUGUCCAGCAAGAGUUCAUUUAACAAUUUCCAAAGCUUCAAUCCAAGCUUCAGCAUCACUAUUGCUCCCAUCACAGAAUGCCUUAAGGGAGGAACGUUUAAGUGGACGGAAGAAGCCCAAAAGAGCUUUGAACUUUUUAAGCAGAAAGUAACGGAUUUCUCCAAAGUGUUUGAAAUUGAUUGCGAUGCUUCUAAUAUGGGAAUUGGUGGUGUUCUCAACCAAGAAGGCAAGCCAAUUGCCUUUUUCAGUGAAAAGCUUAAUGACUCUCGAAAGAAGUAUUCCACCUAUGACAAAGAAUUCUAUGCUCUUGUUCGUGCCUUGGAGCAUUGGAGUCAUUAUCUACUCUCCAAAGAAUUUAUACUUCAUUCUAACCAUGAAGCUUUGAAGUACUUGAAUAGCCAGCAGAAGCUCAACACACGACAUGCAAAAUGGAGUGAGUUUUUGCAAGCUUUUUCAUUCUCAAUUAAGCACAAGGUAGUUAAACUCCAUGCAAGUGCAGAUGGUCAAACUGAAGUUGUUAAUCGAAGUUUGAGAAACCUCUUGAGGAGUUUUGUGGGAAAGAACAUCCGUCAAUGGGAUCUCCUCCUUGCCCAAGCUGAAUUUGCCUAUAAUAGGUCUACUAGUCAAACCACUGGUUGUAGUCCUUUUAAAGCUGUCUAUGGCCUAAACCCCAUUAGCCCUCUUGAUUUGGCUCUAAUUCCUACAACCAUUCAAUUUAGUGGCAAUGCUAAUGAACGAGCCAAGGGAAUCAAAAAGUUGCAUAAGCAGGUUCGAGGUCAUAUUCAGAAGCAAAAUGAGAAGUAUCGAACAUAG